AUGGUAGUUUUUGGAAGUACUGAACUUGAGUUCCAAAGAUUCGGCAGAACAGCUCAUGUACCAGAUGCUGAUAUUGCCAAAGUCAUGUACUAUUUGGAUUGUGUAUGUACUGUUAUUGAAUAUGAUGAUAAUAAUAUUCGUCGAUAUCGGAAUUAUUCAAAUUGGAGAAAUAUGUCGGAUGAAGAAGAUCGAUUCAUUUUCUUACUGGCUUUGACACUUUCACCAAAUGAGUUAGAAGACAAGGUCUUUUUCAAUAUACCAGACGUGUGUCCCGAUACGAAUAAUGCAUUUUACGAAAUAGGUCAAGUUAAACGACAAUUAAUGGUUGUUCAAUCCAUUAUUAUUGAUGGUUAA